AUGAAGAGUCUUGGAAUUAAAUCUUCUCAGAUAAUGAGACAUUUGUACAACUUUACGAGGCUUUUCUUUUAUAAACCAGAAAGAAUUAAGGAAUUCGUUAAGAGGGUUGAUGAAAUGGGUUUUGAUAUGAACUCCAAGAUGUUUCUCCAUGCGAUUCGAGCUGUGAGCUCAGUGACAGUUAAGAAUUGGGAACUUAAAUUGGAGCUUUUUCGGAGUUUAGGGUUGUCAGAUGUUGAUAUACGAUCUGUGUUUCAGAGGCACCCUCACGUUUUUACCAUAUCUCAAAGGAAAAUUAAGGAUGUAACACAGCUUUUGCUUGCCACCGGGAAAUUUGAUAUCUCAUUUAUUGUUAACCACCCGGAUUCGCUUUGUUAUAGUAUUAAAAACAGGUUAAAACCACGGCUACGAGUUGUGGAAGUUUUGGAAAAUAAGAAAUUGCUUCCAAAAAAGCCGAGUUUGACAUCGCUACACAAGAUCACUGAUGAGAAGUUCUUUGAAAAGUUUGUGCUCCCUUAUUCAAAUGAAGUUGGUGAAAUAUACAUAGCUAGAGAGUUCUCAUAG